AUGGAGAGAAACCAAUUUGUGAUCGAAGCAGCGGAAGUGGAAUCAAUGGCGAAAGAAUCAGGGCUUUCCGUUCUGCAACUGCUACCAUCCCUCGUGAAAUCAGCCCAGAAACUGGCUAGGCCUCCAAUAUCAAAGUACCAUGUCGGAGCCGUAGGAUUAGGUUCCAAUGGCUGGAUCUUCCUGGGUGCGAACGUCGAGUUCCCAGGUCUUCCCCUUCACCAUUCCAUCCAUGCAGAGCAGUUCCUGGUAACCAACGCUGCCAUCCAUGGCGAGACACAAUUGAAAUACAUCGCCGUCUCAUCUGCUCCUUGCGGCCAUUGCCAUCAGUUCUUGCAGGAAAUUCGUGGCACUUCCAAGAUGAAGAUCCUCGUCACCUCCAUCGAGAAUGGUGGAGUAGACCAUCAAAAUGAUGACGACGAAGCCUUCUCAUUCCGGCCUCUCUCCACCUUCCUCCCUCACCGAUUCGGCCCUGACGAUCUCCUCGAAAGAGAUGUCCCUUUACUCCUAGAGCUACAUCACAACAGCGACAACCACCACGUUGAGAAUAACGUCAUCAAUGGAGACGUCAACUGCAACAGCGAUGUUGCAGAUCACGAGAAAAAGUCGAAAUGCGCAGCCUUGGAGGCAGCCAACAAAUCACAUGCUCCCUACAAUGUGUGCCCCUCAGGUGUAGCCCUCAUGGAAGUAGAGGGAAGAAUCUAUAAAGGGUCGUACAUGGAAUCGGCGGUGUAUAAUCCAAGUUUGAGACCCGUCCAGGCGGCGCUGGUGUCGUAUCUGGCGGCGAGUGGUGGAGGUGGGUAUGAUAGGAUCAUAGCUGGAGCUUUAGUGGAGAAGGAAGGAGCGGUGGUGGUACAAGAUGGCACGGCACGGCUUCUGUUGUUCUCUGUUUCGCCCAGAUGUGAUUUUCAAGUAUUUCAUUGCAGAGCUUCUUCUUCUUCUUCUUCUUACAACUGUAAAAGGUUAUCUACUUAG